AUGGAUACAAACAAAGAUAUAAUACAUCAUGAUGUUGUGGUUAAUGAUUCAAACACUACAGAGCAGCAAGAUGUCGUUCAUCCUGAGACAUCAAAGCAUCAAAGAUAUGAUCAUUCAAUGUUGGACAACUUACCAGACAUUGUUAUGGUUGAUUUAUUUAAACUACUCAAUGAUUUGGUCGACAAGGUGUGUCUUGCAUUGUGUUGCAAGAGAUUGAUGGCAAAUAUGAACAAGUUGAUGGUAUCACUGAGGCAGAAUGCUCAAAGAAAUACACCCUAUAGAUGGUCAGAGACGACAGAGUUGCCAGAGUCAAUCACAUGGAUGCGCGUGGACUCCUCCCUCAGACAAAGUAACAUACCCUUUCCCAAGUCACUUGCAAUUCUUGAACUAGGAGGACGAUUCAACCAGAUGAUCACACCAUUAUCACUGCCCGACACCAUUACCAAUCUCUCACUUGGCUACUUUUUCAACCAACCAAUCAAUGUUGGUGAUCUGCCCCAAUCACUUCAGACCCUAUCUCUUGGAUCAAUGUUCAGCCAGCCAUUACAGAUAGGGUCGCUUCCAUCAUCACUCACCACGCUCAUACUUGGCGAUUAUUAUAACAAUGUAAUCAGUGUUGGUACUCUGCCUCAAUCACUUCAGACCUUAACCCUUGGCUCAACGUAUAGCUUGCCCAUUCAAGUUGGAUCGCUACCACCAACAUUAACCAGUCUGACCUUAGGCUACAAUUUCAAUCAACCGAUUUCCAAUGGACAGCUCCCAUCUUCGCUCAAUCAACUAUUCUUUGGAUAUUACUUCAACUCAUACAUUGAGCCAGGCUCACUCCCUCACUCGAUCCCACACACAACUCACUUU